GUUCAUCGCAGGAAUCGCAAGGCCCAACUGUUUGCAGGCGAAUGCCAUGGGGCUAGCUCGAGACUCUACAAACCAAGCAAAACAUUAACAAACAUAGAUAGCUAGCUUUGAAUGAAAACUCACUUUAUAUAGCAACGUCCGCAGAAAAGUAAUUAUUAAACUACAGAAGCGGGCGUAUCGGCUUGCUUGCAAACAGAAUCACAACACACGUUCAGCUAGCUAGUUAGCCUGCUAGCAACUUUCUCCAGCACGCCUCCCAGUUCCUGCACCACGAGCGUGAGUCAAUCAUGUCGGGCAUCAAGAGGAAGAUUGAAGACAAGGACCCAGACUAUGAAGACAUCUCACAGGUUCAGGAGAACAAGCGACACAAAGUAGUGGAACAAAAUGCGAGGGAAGCUACGGUGCAGAAGAUUGAGGCCAUUAUCAAAGACCAGUUCUCUUUGGAGAUGAAGAACAAAGAACAUGAGAUCGAAGUGAUCGGACAGCGUCUGAAUGAGGCCAGGCGAAUGAUGGACAAGCUCAGAGCCUGUAUCGUGGCCAAUUACUAUGCCAACGCUGGGGUGCCCAAGCUCCAAGAGCAGGCAUCCAAGAGCGACCCGGCGGUGCUGAACCACCCGGCCAUCAAGCGUUUCCUGGAGUCACCCUCCCGCUCCUCCUCCCCUCUCAACCAGGGCUCGGACGCCCACUCCCUGGGGCCCUCGGAGUCUGAGUCCCUGUCCCAACAGGGUGAGGGGCCGGAUAGGGACGGGGAGGGGGCCUGGAGAGAGGACAGGGGCAGGCAGGAGCGCAGGCCGGGCCGCAACACAGGGAAGGACACGUUUGGCGUCCCGUCGUCAGGUGUGCUGUCGUCAGACGGGGGGGAGCAGAGGGUGACCUACCACACUACAGGAGAUGAGGCUUCCAGGCUCUACAUAAAGAAGACCAUCGUGGUGGGAAAUGUCUCCAAGUAUAUCCCUCCUGAUAAGCGGGAGGAGAAUGACCAGUCCACCCAUAAGUGGAUGGUGUACGUCAGAGGCUCCAGAAGAGAGCCCAGCAUCGACCACUUUGUCAAGAAAGUCUGGUUCUUCCUGCACCCCAGCUACAAGCCCAAUGACCUGGUGGAAGUCAGUGAGCCUCCGUUCCACCUGACACGUCGAGGCUGGGGGGAGUUCCCUGUCCGCAUCCAGAUCCACUUCAAAGACCCCCGCAACAAACGCAUAGACAUCAUACACCACCUUAAGCUCGACAGAACUUACACAGGCCUGCAGACACUGGGGGCAGAAACAGUGGUGGAUGUCGAGCUCCACAGGAACUCCCUGGGGGACGACUAUGUGCUCUCUUCCUCCUCCCACGCCCACCACCACCAGCGUGAAGCCAGCCCCUCGUCCCCAUCCUUCCUGCCCCAAACCCCAGGUCCUCUCUCUGGCCGCUGCAGCUCUCCACUCCCCCUCUCACAGGACAACCACCCCACCACCGCAGAGAAAGGUCUGCCCGUCAAAACCGAGACUGGGAGGUCUGGGGUGUACAGCGCGCCCCCCUCGGCUUCGGAACGCACCCCAUCCCGUCCUAAAGUCACAGAGAAGAUCACACUGGGUUCCCAUGGCAACUCGGCCUUCCAGCCAAUCACGGCCAGCUGUAAGAUCGUCCCCCAGGGACAGUUGCCCAGCCCCUCCGAGUCCCCCGGGAAAUCCUUUCAGCCAAUCACCAUGAGCUGUAAGAUUGUGUCAGGUUCGCCCAUCUCCACACCCAGCCAUUCGCCCCUCCCCCGUAUCCACACCUCCACCCCGGUACACACCAAACAGGGCUCCUCCGUACUCAACAACCCUUACAUCAUUGUCGACAAGCCCGGCCAGGUCAUCGGCAUGGCAGCGAACUCUGGCGCCUCCACAGGAAGUCCCACAGCCAAGCAGUCGGUUGCGGCCCAGGGGACUCGCUCUCCGGCCCCCAAGGUUCAUACAGGCAGCUUCCUGUCCUCAGGGGUCAAGGUCAUUAUCAAGCAGGAGCCGGGGGAGGUUCCCACUCAGCACCAGCAGCAGAUGGUUUCCUCGGUAACGGCAGCCCAGCAGACCGCCGCCGCAGCAACGCAGCAAUUUGUCGCAGUGAAGGGAGGUCACGUGAUCUCCAUGUCGCCACAGAAACAGACAGGAGGGGCCAGCGGGGCAGGGGCCCCACCCAGCAAGGUUCUGGGUAUCCCUGCCCUCCAGGCAGCGGUGAAGCAGGUGGCCAUCAGCAGCGGACAGAUCCUGGUCGCCAAGGGCAACCCCUCCGUUUCCAAGGUGAUUGGCGGGAAGCAGGUGGUCGCCCAGGGGGUCGCCAAGGCCAUCGUCAGCGGAGCGGCUGGUAGCAUCGUGGGUCAGCAGGUUGUUGCUAAGGCAACGGGGGCCGCAGGGGGAACAGGAAAGAGCGGAGUGAUGGCUACCCUCCAGCUGCCAGCCAACAACCUGGCCAACCUUGCCAACCUGCCCCCGGGCACCAAGCUGUACCUCACCACCAACAGCAAGAACCCAUCAGGGAAGGGCAAGCUGCUUCUCAUUCCCCAGGGAGCCAUCCUCAGAGCUUCCAACUCAGCAGGUCAGCAGUCCCAGGGCAGCACCUCUACAGGCUCUGGCUCCCAGACCCCCACCUCCUCAUCCAGCAGCCUGCCCUCUAACCUCUCCUACACAUCAUACAUCCUCAAACAGACCCCACAGGGCACGUUUCUGGUUGGCCAGCCAGCGUCGCAGGGCGUGGGGAAACAGGGCGCGGCCAGUUCCACAGGUCACGUAGUGUCGUCCCCUGCGACCGUCAGCCAGCAGGCCAUCCGGGUCACAGCGGGUCAGAAGGCUGCCAUCCUGGCUCAGGCGCUGGGCGGGUCCCAGGUGAAGCUGUCUGAUGGCUCAGUGAAGACGGUAAGCACGGCGACAGCGGCCCACCUGUCCAAGCCGGCCACGACCAUGCUUAGGAUGACGGGCGGAGUCAUCACAGCCACUAGCUCCACCCCCAGCGCUGUCUCCACCGCCGCUGCCACGGCAACUGCCAGUCAACCGGUAGCGGAGGUGUCCGUUCAGGCCAAACCUGUAUCCCACGCUGUCCUGGUGGCAGCCAACCAGGCAGCAGUCAUCAACGCCGCAAAGAACGCCAGCGCCGCUAACGCCGUGACCAUGGCAAGGAACACCACGGCUGCCAUUACCAUGGCAAAGAAAUCCACGGCAACCUCCGUUACCAUGGCAAAGAGCGCCGCCGGUUUGGUAACCAUGCAGAAGGGCGCCACGGCGCCAACUGUCACCUUGGCAAAGGGUCCCACUACCUCUGGCACCGUUGUUACCGUUGCUAAGAGCAUUACCAACAUGCACGUCAUCAGCAUGGCCAAAGGGGCGGGUUCUAUGGUAGUGGGUGUGCCCAAGAGCGCCAGCACGUCAUUGGUCAGUGCGGCAUCGCUGUUCAGUGGGAUGGUGGCAGGGGGAGGAAAGACUGCUGCUACCCUAUCAGGUAUGCUGAAGAUCCACUCUGGCGGGUCCAGCUCCCAGCAGACGGUGCUGACCGUCCCUGCCAACCAGCCCAAACAACUGGGGGUGGGCACGGGCACAGGAGGUGUACAGACCAUACACAUGCCCGUCAACAGAGUAGUCCAGUCCAGCUAUGUGUCUAAAGGGCCAGCUCCCAGUAGUAGUUCCACUCCCUCCCCUGGAGCAGGAGUGGCUGCAGCUGGAUUCUCCCCCAGUCCUGCUGCUGCUGCCCAGGCCUCGCCUUCCCCCUCCCUCACCCUGCCCCUGGCCCAAGUGAAGACAGAGCCAGGAGUCUGUACACCCGUCUCUGCUACACCUGCCCCGUCGCCCCCUGUAACAGCCCCUGUUGCCUUCUCCACCCAUGUAGCUGCUCCUCCCACUGCCUUCGCCUCGGUCAAACUGGAGCAGGGGGCCGACACCAGCUCACACCAGCACGUCGAGGUCAUCAACACGGAACACAUAGAAACCCUCAUGCAGCUGCUCACUGCCGUGGUGAAGAAAUCCCCCCUCAUCGUACCAGAGAAGACCGAGGACUCCCAUCCGUUCUGUGCAGUGUCUACUGAGCAGUAUUACUCCUGGAACAUUGGGAAACGCAGGGCAGCAGAGCUCCAGCGUGCGGUAGCAGUGAAGCGUGUGGUCCAGGAUGUAUUGGAGCGCUGCCCCCGUCUGCAGGCCCUCACCCCCCCUAAGACCAGAGAGGUGGUCCAGUGGUGCCGACAGAGAGGCUACACACCCCCGGACCCCGAGCCCCUACGCAGCAGCAGGCCUGACGAAGGAACCAUAGAGGACAUCCUCACACAGAUAGACAACGAACCAGAGUGCCCCUCUACCCUGGGUAGCUGUGAGGAGUUGGUCCAGCGGUUGGAGCAGCUGCAGACCCUGCUGAAGACUGAGCCAGAGGAUGAUGAUGAUGAUGAAGUCCUAGACAUCAUCAGUGUGACCCCGCCCUCUCAGAAGUUAAAGGUCAAAGAAGAGGAACAGGAAACGGACCCCGAGCCCAAGUACUUCCUGGCCCCAUGCCCCUCGGCCCAGUUUGUCAGCGAAACAGCCCAACAGAUUGGCGUGGCCUUUCAGCAGGUGGAGGUGGAGAAGAAUGUUUUUGCUCCAGUGAUCGAGGCCAUGAUUCUCAAGGCGACAGAACAGUUUGCUAGUGACAUCCUGAGAGAAGCUCUGGCUGGAGCCCACGUAAAAUCCCACCAGAACAGGGCUCCCAGAGAGAUCACAGCCAUAAACAUUCACCAGGCGUCCAGCAGCAUCCCCACAUGUGACUUCCUCACCAACACGCACAUGGGCUACAUGACCAAGGAGGACUGAUUACACACAACCUUAUACACAACCUAACUAAGAACAACGGCCACUCAGACUGAGAGAGAUACAUGCACACUAGCUACUAGGGCUGGGAAUUACCAGGGACCUCACGAUACAAUAUUUAUCAUGAUACUUACGCGCCGAUACGAUAUGUAUUGCGAUUCUCACAAUUCUAUAUGUAUUGCAAUUCAAUACUGUGAUUUCAUUGCGAUUUGAUGUUCCAAACAUAUUGCUCACCAUAUGUCUGCUGCCGAGGGACAGGAGAGAGCCAUGAGAACGAGUUUUUAGCAUGGAAAUAAAAGUGAUGAAAACAAAUUGGCUCCCUAUUUAAAAAGAAAAUGAAGAACAAACUCUGAAGGAAAAAUGCUAAGAGUUUUGGUGCAGGUUACAGACAGCUAAUUGUCAAAACGAUACGAUAUAUCAUCAGAAAUAAUGUCCCAAUAUGUAACUGUGUCGAUAUUUCCCCCAUCACUACUGGCUACUCACAUCAGUCUCACUAGCUGAGAGACGGGCAGUAAGAGCUGCAGAACGAGCAUAUGGACCUGCCUCUGGGGUUAAACUGAACUGUCGGGCCUGCAGAAGAACACAACAGAGAAACAGUCCGAGCGCUGCAGGAAUGCUCCGACCUUCCCUGGAAGACCAUCUCACCAACCGACAUUUUAAACCAUUAGUCAGCUACUUUUCAUAUCUCAGUAUCAUAAAGUAGAAUCAAGAACACAGACAACACCAAACACCUGGGUGGAAUUCAGGACUCCACAACCUUCUGAACAUUAAGAUAUGACAUGAUCUCUAAACCCUUAGCAGAGUCCAAAACGUGUACAUUUCCUCCAAUAGUUCUAGAAUACUGGACCGUUGGCUUUCAUCGUUUUCCAAUUAUCAGCGCUGCUCAGGCUAUUUCUCCAACCGUCGCCACGUUCAAAUGAAUAGCGGGAGCCAUGUUGGUCGGGAAUUUGGGGGAGGUGCGCAGUCAGGCUGUGCAUCCCCUGCGGAUGGUGGUCGUAGAUCCAGAUGCGGCACAGUGGGCCGCAGGACUAUCGCGUCUCUGCGUCUGUGGACUCUGAAUUAGCUUUAUAUUGUUAUGGGGUCCCCACUCCCCUGACAUUUUAGUGAUAGAAAAUGGGGUCCCCGUUGGUAUACCGUUGCUUUACUCUAUAUGACGACAGAUCAGUAUAUCUGUUCUACUCAAUAAACAGUAUUUAUAUAACGCUGUGCCCUACUGAAUGCGACCCCGGGGAUCAAUCAUAACAUACCUGGCUUAACCGUUUCUUUCAUAAUCUGUUUGUAUAACUGGUUUACCGGACAGUCAGACUAAUGUACUGUAUCCACUGACUUAAUCACAGCUGGGCUCAGUCUGGUCCCUUUAAAGCACCACACAAUGUGAGAUAAACCUUUUAUUGAACAUUGUGGGUCUUAAACAUUGUCGAAUGCUUCAAAAUAGAUGUCUAUGGGACAGUGUGUCUGGUGUCCUCUCUCUCACCUUGUAACAGGAUUAUGUGUGAAUCAAAUGGUUGAAUUUUUCUCUCAAAUGGCCACAACAAUGCACGCCACUAGGCCAAAUAUGUGCUUUGAUUGAAACUAAAAACAUGUAGGCUGUGCUAGUUUGUUAACGCCAUCUGCUCGAGAAUUUGCUCGCUGGCCUAAUUCAAAGCAACAGUGUAGGUUCCUUUGAAAUUGUACCCUUAUAACUCAAGAAGAUGUAAAUGCAUAUCCUCAUGAAACUCCGUUGAGAUCAAAUGGUCGGGGUGCAAAUGCCGCAUAGAAGUGUCACCAGUAAAACUUGAAGAAUUAACAGUCUUAAUACCAUUGUACUCUUCUGGGAAACAGUGUUCUUUUCAUUCAGACAAUUCAAGAUUUAGAAAUCAGAAUGCAAUUGGUUCAAUUCUUUUCCAUGAGGGAUUUGUCCUGAAUUGACUGAGUUGAACUGGAACAGGGCCCAAUCCUGACUGUUGUGUUUGUGUCUAGACUGUUCUCAAGUGUCACAUAUCAGCCUGAUCACAGAUCUGUGUGUGUUUCAGCCGACUAAGCAUGUAUGCAAUGACAACAAUAGCCAGAGAAGUUGAGCUGAACAUGCACAUACAGAUCUGGGACCAGGCUAGAUGGAUAUGUCAAUGAAGGAGUGCUAUAACUUGAAGUGUUGGACAGUAGGGAUGGAGGGGCCACAUCUGUGUGAGUCCAAGGUUAACGUUGUGUUUUUUACUUGGUCCACUCCCCUCUGGAGUAGGGUUGACCGUCAGUUGUUGGUAAAGUGCAUUUGUAAUGUUAUGUUUUCGAUACAGUAUGUAUGUCCCUACCACUAUGACUGUGUAUUUGUGUACAUUGUGUGUAUGACUGACUCCAGUUUUUGUUUGUUCACUUCAUAUCAAGCCCCGCUACCAGCAAAGUCAUUACUAUGGUGUGUUAGAAUGUGUUUGUGUGCAUUAUUUAUGUUUUUUGUGUUAGUGUGUGUGUGUUGGGGUAAAUGUGGUGUGAAUAUGGGUGUACUGUGUACCUGUAUACGAGAGUGAGAGAAAGUUAAGGUGAAUUAAUGAAAAUAUCUUUGAAUAUGAUGCAUUUUGGAUGUUGUGUGUACAUGGUUGUUGGUGGACAUUUAGCUUGUGUAGGAGUGAAGAUGAUAGGUGUUAUGUUUCAGUAUGAAUCUGGUAAGUGUGUGGUGUGCUCACUCUAAACUGAGUGGUCACCUUGCCCGUUUGACCAAACUUUAUGUAUUGUAGAAAUAAUAUCAAUUGACCAUUAUAUUUUCAUUUUCCAGUGCACACCAAAAAUAUGAUCAAUAUUCUUGUAUUAAAAUGGAAAACUUGUUUAUAAA